UAAAAUGAUCCUUAAACUUAAAAAUUCUAAACCACAGUACAUUUUUCCUUGACAGUUUUAGGAAUUAGAUUAAUCUUUUUAAAAGGAUUAAUAUGAUUUAACGUUGCUAUAUUUUGGCAUAUUGAUACUUUUAAGGAAAAAAAUUGAUAGCGCCGUCGAUGUUGUACAAUUUCAUGGAUCAAAUUGGUGUUUUAUGUGAUAAAUGUGUUUCAUGAGUUGAGGACUUUUUGUUGCCUCUUAAAUUCCAAAUAUACGAUAGAUGUUCAGAUUCUCUACCUCUAAAGUAUUGAUAUAUCUCUGAACUUCUCUUUUCCUUUUUAGUAUUAAGAUAAGAUGAACACUUCCUCUCAGUUUCUCUUCCUUUUGCUCAUUGUCAUUUGUUUCAUAUCUCUAACAACUUUUGGAGCUACUACUAUUCACCCCGACGAAAAGAAAGCUCUUGAAGUUGUAGCUACAUCACUUGGUAAGAAGGAUUGGAACUUCGACAUAGAUCCAUGCAGCAACAAACCUAACUGGGCUACGCCUCCCAUAUCGAACAUCGUGGAAAACAAUGUCACCUGUAACUGUUCUGUUGCUGGUGACAACUUCUGCCAUGUUGUUACAAUAACUUUGAAAGGGCAAAAUCUCCCCGGCACGCUCCCACCAGAACUGAACAGGUUGCAUUACCUUCAAAUUAUUGAUCUCUCUCGCAAUUACCUGAACGGUACAAUUCCUAAAGAAUGGGGCUCCAUGAUGAAUCUUCUUAACAUUACCCUUCUCGGAAAUCGAUUAACGGGUUCAAUACCAAUGGAGAUUGCAAACAUAUCUACUCUAGUACAGUUGGAGUUAACUACCAAUCAAAUGUCAGGAAAUCUUCCUCCAGAGCUUGGGAAUCUAACCCAGAUUCGAACACUGAGACUUUCCUCUAACAAUUUUACUGGAGAACUACCUUUGACAUUGGCCAAGCUCACUACAUUGCAAGAUUUACAAAUUUCGAACAACCAAUUUUCUGGAAAGAUACCUGACUUUAUUCAGAACUGGACAAAUAUCAAUUCACUAAUCAUUCAAGGGAGUGGAUUAAGUGGCCCCAUUCCUUCUGAAAUUUCUCUUUUGAGAAACAUAACUGACUUGAGAAUUAGUGAUUUGAAUGGAUUUGAAUAUGCACCUUUGCCACAGCUUAAAAAUAUGCCAUUGUUAAAAAAUCUGAUUUUGAGGAACUGCAACAUCAAUGGGAAACUACAUGAUUAUCUUGCAACUAUGACAACAUUAAAACACUUAGACCUCAGCUUUAACAAAUUAAGUGGGACAAUUUCGAGUACCUAUGCAGACAUGAAUGGUGUGAAAUACAUAUUUUUAACUGGAAACCUUCUCUCUGGACCGGUGCCUGCUUGGAGAAAGAAUGUCGACGUAGAUCUUUCAUACAAUAACUUCAACAUCAGCCAAGGGAGUCAGAUAUGUCAAAAUGAAAAAGUGAACUUGUUUUCUACCUUAUGGGCACGCAAUGACAUAGGAACAGUUUCGUGUUUGAGCUUUCAAUGUCCCAAACCAUCAUACUCCCUUCAUAUAAAUUGUGGUGGAAAGCAAACAACAGUCAACAGAACAAGUUAUGAUGGUGAUUCAGAUUCAUCUGGACCAGCUAGAUUCCAUGUCAGUCCAACAGGAAAUUGGGCAUUUAGCACCACUGGUAUAUUCAUUGAUGGUGAUCAACUUGGAGAAACUUAUUCCCCGCAAAAUAUCGCUACACUUACUAUGGUGGAUGCUGAAUUGUACAUGAAUGCACGUGUUUCUCCUAUUUCUUUGACUUAUUAUGGGUUUUGCCUGGAAAAUGGAAGCUACUCGGUAACUCUACAUUUUGCUGAAAUAAUGUUCACAGACGAUCAAACUUAUGCUAGUCUUGGAAGACGUGUAUUUGAUAUCUACCUUCAGGGAAAGCAGAUGCAAAAGGAGUUCAAUAUUGCAGAAGAAGCAGGAGGAGUUGGUAAGAAAGUCAUAAAACGGUACAAAGAUGUUGUUGUUACUAGUAAUACCUUGGAGAUCCGCUUAUAUUGGGCUGGAAAAGGGACACAGGCUCUCCCAAAUAGAUCAGUAUAUGGUCCUCUUAUAUCAGCUAUAUCAGUAGAAUCUGACUCUGCACAUGGAAGCAGUAUAUCUGCAGGAGUUGUCGUUGGAAUUGUGGUUGCAGCAACAAUUGUUAUCAUUCUAGUAUUUGGUAUACUUUGGUGGAAAGGAUGUUUUGGAAAGAAAAACUCUUUAUCAAGAGAGCUAAAUAGUUUAAACCUUCAAACUGGCUUAUUUACCUUAAGACAAAUCAAAGCAGCAACCAACAACUUUGAUAUUUCCAAUAAGAUUGGAGAAGGAGGAUUUGGUCCUGUGUACAAGGGAUGUUUACCCAAUGAGACAUUGAUAGCAGUCAAGCAACUUUCUUCUAAAUCAAAGCAAGGGAAUCGUGAGUUUCUAAAUGAAAUAGGCAUGAUUUCUGCUUUGCAACAUCCAUAUCUCGUCAAACUCUAUGGUUGUGGUGUGGAAGGCGAUCAAUUGUUGUUGGUAUAUGAAUACUUGGAAAACAAUAGUCUUGCUCGUGCGUUAUUUGGUCCGGAGGAACACCAAAUAAAAUUAGAUUGGUCAACAAGGCAGAAGAUUUGUGUUGGUAUUGCUAAAGGUUUGGCAUUCCUCCAUGAAGAAUCAAGACUGAAGGUUGUUCACAGGGACAUCAAGGCCACUAAUGUGUUGCUUGAUAAGGAUCUCAACCCAAAGAUAUCUGAUUUUGGUUUGGCCAAGCUUGUUGAAGAGGACAAUACUCACAUUAGCACGAGAAUUGCUGGGACCUACGGAUAUAUGGCUCCUGAAUAUGCAAUGCGUGGUUAUUUGACUGACAAAGCAGAUGUUUAUAGUUUUGGAAUUGUUGCUUUGGAAAUCGUUAAUGGAAGGGGAAACACCAUUUCUCGGUCAAAUGAGGAGGAAGCAUUGUAUCUUCUUGAUUGGGCACAAUUGUUGAAAGAGAGAGGUGACCUAAUGGAGCUAGUUGAUAGAAGAUUAGGUUCAGAUUUCAACAAAAAGGAAGCUAUGGUGGUGAUCAAUGUGGCUCUCCUAUGCACCAAUGACACUUCAAACCUAAGGCCCUCUAUGUCGUCGGUGGUAAAUAUGCUUGAAGGAAGGAUUGUGGUUCCAGAAUUUGUUUCAGAUUCAAGUGAAGUAAUGGAUGAAAAUAAGUUUGAAGUAAUGAGGCAGUAUUACAGUCAAAUGGAAGGAAAUAAGGUAAGUAAGUCACAAACACAAAGUCGGAGUUCAUCAACUGAUGGGCCGUGGCCUGCUUCAUCCUCAUCAGCUUUAAACCUUUAUCCUAUCCACAGUGAUUCUUCCUAUUGGGAGAAAAGAAAAUAAGAGUGUUUGAAGAUAAAUAUAUGCUUCUGCCAGCUUGAUGUCCUGUGAUGAAACCAUGAUGGAUAUCUUCAAAAUUGAAUAUUUCAAUUCUUUUAUCUUAGUGACUUAACACUCAUUUUUAAGAGGUAUAGUUUUAGGUUUGAAUAUCCAAGUCAGGACUCCAGCGUUUUGAUGAGCUACCUUUCAUUCUAAGUGUCAUGUUUAUCCACCAUCCAUUAUGUAGAAUGCUGAUCUCUUGAGUUUGUAUUUUAUGUUAUAAGCUCAAUGAUAUAUAUAUAUAUAUACACACACACACACACACACACGAAUAGCGCUAACAUGCUCUUUAAUGCUAGCGGGUUGAAAAUUAAUCGGACUAUUUUAAAAAUGGAUCCUACAAAUAAUGUUGGUUUUACAUAAAUUUAGUGGGAUCUAUUAUGUGAGUC